AUGCAGAGGCCAUUGCAAUGGGUAUCUCCACAGCUAGCUACCUGUACAGAACGUUUCAAACACACAUCUCCAUCCAAGAGGUUUGGAGCAACCAUCAUAUUGAAAGAGCAGUUACUGUAUGUUUUUGGUGGUGCUACGAAGGAACUAACAGCUUUUAAUGAUUUAUGGACCUAUGAUUUAUCCACCUUCAGCUGGCAGCGUCUGAUUGGUAAAGGUGAGCUACCAACACCAAGAGCACAUGCUAAGGGUGGUUUUAUUGGAAAUCUACUUUAUCUGUACGGAGGUUGUCAAAGCUUUCAUAGAGCGGGAUCGGAACAUACGGGCCGUAUGGAUUGGUUAACUGAGUUGAAUAGUUUUGAUAUUUCGACAAUGCAUUGGUCACGUAUGCCGUUAUACGAAGUAAACCACUUAAGUCCUGUAUCACCACCUGCAAUUGCCGGUCAGUCUGGAUGCUUUCUCCCUAAAGGUGGAAUAGGCGAACCUAGUGUAUUGGUUUUAUUCGGAGGAAUGUGUCAAUCUCUUGGAUUGUGUGUUAACUACUUAUUUGUGAUAUCGCCGGAAAAUGGUUGUUGGAUUUCACUUUCUGAUAAAACGGAUAAUUGUCAAGGUGACUGGCCAUCUGGGCGCUGUGGUCAUUCAACUUGCGCUCUUGACUCAAAUAGAAUGCUUUUGUUAUUUGGGAAUUUGGAAUCACCUUUGGCCACUGAUCAUUCUGUGCGUCGACAACAAGGAAUGUCAUUUAAUCCUACUUCGAGUAAUGAUUCUGAAUCAACUUCUAGUACACUUAACUAUCAUGGUCGACCGGCGAGAGAUGUAUGGAUACUUACACGUUGUUCACCAAGUAUUGGUCAAGAAUGGUUUGAAGUCGAUUGGUUCUGGACCAAAGUUCAAUGUUCUGAGGGUAUCCCUGGAUGCCCACCGAUAGACUUUUAUCAUGCAACCGCAGUUUCACUUCCAUAUCGUGAAGACAGUAAGUCACUGUUGUUGACAAAGGACAGUAAUUUUAUUUCUGUACCGAGUGACAACGUUGGUACAAACAACUCAAUUGUACACAAUGUCUAUACUGUUGUUGUCAUCAGUCAACCUACCACAGCAUUGCUGGAUGAGGCAGCUAAACAGCGCAGAUAUUGGCAUCGCAUGAAACUCAACUCCGAGUUAAACAGUGUAACUUUUCAAAGUAAUUCGGUAGGUCAAGAUUCUCGUACGUCAGAUGAUGAUGUCAAUGACGAGGAUGAGGAGCAGCGUAAACAUUGUCAUUCAGCUGAUAUCACUGAUCGUGAAUCGACUGGGAUUUUGCAACUUCCGUCAUCUAGGCGUGCAAAUAACAGACGUGCACGAAGACUUGAAGCUUUAGCUAUUCAAGAACGAAGGCUGUUUGGAACACGUAACCUGAUCCCUAAUGAAGUUAAUACAUCAUCACUUGCUCGAUCAUUUUCAUCAAAUCAAAGUUCAUCCAAUCAUAACCAGUAUCCUUCUAACCACGUAAAACUUGAAUGUGCUUAUCGUCCCUUGGCUCUGUAUACACUCAACAUUAUAUACUCUCAUUCUGAUGCAUCAUAUAGUUCUGAAACUAAAAUUCACUUCACAGAAAAUAAAGCUAAAGGUGUUUGGUUGGCGCCUGUCAAACAAAAUUAUCUAGAUCUUUAUUCCGCACCACCUGAAUGCUUAGGUUUUUCAUGUGCUUUUGGUCAUGGCUGUUUAUUUCUUUUUGGUGGUUUGACUGACUCAGAUGAUAUUAGACCAAAUGAAAAUAUGAAUACAUUUCACCCAUUAGUUAAUGGAUCGCAAAAUCGUAAUGAUAAUGAUCUAUAUCAACGACACAAUAAUUCAUCAACCUUACAAUCGUCCAGGUCUUCAGUAUUAAAUGAAUCUCUUACACAAGGACAUCUUGUUUCUUGUGUAAAUCAUUCACCAGAUGCAAUUUAUCCCAAUCCUUUAGGUACCGCUCAGUUUUUCGUUCUUCGUGCACGUGCACUCGCUGGCACUAUAAUUUAA